AUGCCGCACACAGGUCAAGCUGGCGUGAAUCAACUCGGCGGAGUGUUCGUCAACGGUCGACCGUUACCUGACUGCGUACGAGCCCGUAUCAUCCAGCUCGCACAGCUGGGCGUACGGCCCUGCGACAUCUCCCGUCAGCUUCUCGUCUCGCACGGCUGCGUGUCCAAGAUCCUGACCAGAUUCUUCGAGACGGGGUCCAUACGGCCCGGCAACAUCGGAGGCAGCAAGCCCAAGGUCGCAACGCCUCUUGUUGUCAAAAAGAUCAUGGGCUACAAGCAGGACAAUCCGUCUAUCUUUGCCUGGGAGAUACGCGAUCGGCUGCUGCAGGAACGAGUGUGCGACGAAAGCACCAUACCCAGCGUUAGCUCCAUCAACCGCAUACUGCGAAAUAGCGCCCCCAAUGGCGCGGGAGGGGAAAUGACGACAAAUCUACCUGCGCCCGUUGCUAGGCUACCGGCUCCCAUACCGCAGAGGCCCUCCCCGCAGCAGAACACUGGACAGUUAGCCUACAAAGCGCCCUCGGCGGCCAAGCCGAGCCACUCCAUCGAUCAGAUUCUCCAAGGAAACGAAGGAAGGAAGAGGAAACUGACGAGCAGUGAUUCGGAGGAAGAUGACGACAAGGAGAUACGCGAGAAAGUCAGCAAAUCUGAGGCAAGAAGUCUUUCCACUUCAACACCACACAUCACAACACCUCCCUCCACGUCCACUCUGAAGACACCGGCAUCGACUCCCUCCGUCAGCCGCCCACAGUCGCCGGAGAUCCUUCUCCUCCCGACCCCAUCACUGCAGCAGACCGCGCCCGGUGCGGUCGGCGGGGCGAUAUGCUCAUUCCCCACCGCCAAAGUCUGUCUGACCGGACUGCCUAAACUUCCCGUGGUGACCUCGUCCGCUCUGCCGGCCGCUUCAACGAUCAUCCCCAGCGGUGCAGCUGUAGCGCAGGCCCUGGCCGCUAUUGGCGGGUUUCCCUUCGCGGGUUUGCCUGCCGGGAUGCUACCCUUGAGGGCCACGGGGCCUGUGAGUGGCGCCCCCGCCGUCUCGUACCCAGCUUUCGCCAUGGCGCUGCAAAGUGGCUGGGCAUACAGGUCGAUGAAAACACAUACCAAGUGA